AUGUUCCACAGUCCAGGUAAAUCUAAACUGAAACAGCAACAGGCUGCUGAAUAUCAACACUUGUCUCAACGUCAGCCACCUCAACAGUAUUCGCAUAUACCACCGCCACCGCCACCUCAACAGCAACAACAAAGCCCCUACACACCCCAUAAUAUGUCUACACACUCGCAGACGCCAAAUGCUCCAUUGGAUCCAACUUCUCCUAUGAGGAUGUCAUUCAAUUCGAUUGGUCGUGAUAGCUAUCUGGGAGGACUGCCCACCCUUGGUUCUCCAAGCCAAGCGAGCGGUCACUCCAAUUCUGAACAACAAAGAAAGCAAAUUUCGGAUAAAAUCACUUCAGAUUGUUAUGGCAAAAUUAUACAAAGCAAUGGGAAAAAGGUUCAUGAGAUUUCAUACAUCUCUCACAUAAGCGUGCAAGAAUUUCCUCAUUUUUCCAGUCAUCCUCCGCCGCCAAAUAUUGACCCUGGCCCACCAAAGAGUAGAAUAUUGGUGCUAUGUAAGAAAUACUCUGGGAGAAUGUUAUUACAAAAAGGAAAGUUUCUGGAGGAGAGACAGGCUUUCCAAAUUGGAAGAACUUGGGAUUUAUCAGAGUUACUGCUUAUCAGAAAAGUGGGGUCAGACGGGAUGAUUUUAAACAUAACGAAAGAUUACUACUGGAAAUGUGAUGAAGAAGAGUCGAGGAUUUGGAAAUUCUGCCGGUACUUGUGUCAACAUUAUGGAAUUGCAGCUGGACACUAUCCCAAAUUGGAUGGAUUUACGUUGGAUGGGCUUAUGUUACCAGCUGUACCUAAAUCACCAACUCAACUUUCAACUCCCACAUUUCAGCCGAUCCCAAAGCAACAACCAGUACAGAAUCAACGUGCAUCUCCGAAGCCGGAGCCUACAAAUGUGUCGAAAUCCUUGAGACAGAAGAUUAUCCCCAAACCGUCAUUUUUUUCACUGGACAAAUCAUCCCAUCGUGAAAACCAAAAGGUGGGAAACGAAGCAUCUCCAGCAACGAAAUAUAAUCCAACGCACAAGAAAACUCUUAGUGGUGGAAUGUAUAAAGGUUUGGAUUUCACUGUCAAUGGUCAAUUGCCAAAAAAACCCAUGCAGGUCAUGCAAAGGGAAACCCCGUUUGCGGAUCAUUCAAAACCCCUCAAUGAGUCAAAAGGUCAACAACUUGAUGAACCUUUCAAUCAAUCACAAUCCACUCUUGCACCAAGUCAAAAAUCAUCACCAUACGCCACUAAAAGAGAGACGGAUUCUAGACAACAAAGUUUCAGUCAGUUGACUAAUAGGAGUGAAAGUACUGACCAGACAGCACCCAGGGAUGAAAGCUAUUACCUGACCAAAGUCGAUCCUUCUACAAUGAGUGAUAACACACAAAAUGCUGUUUCCGAUGGAAAGCGCAUGCCGCACCCAUAUGCACAGAAGAAGCUCGGAAAUGAAGAUUCCCGAAGCGUAUUGAGCAGUGAUUCUCAUAGUUUUGUAUUUGGUGGUAAUGACAUAAAGGAAGAUCAGCAAGGUAAGUCCACUACUGGUGGUACAGAAAGCAAUAUGUCCCCCUAUAAAAAUAUGAAAUCGAUUAAGCAAGGCACUGUGAAAAGCAUGCUCGAGCCUCUUGAAUCGGUGGGGGAACAUCAAUCUAAUCCUGAAUUGGCUGGUCAAAAAUUGACUGAAGCGUUUCCUUCAGUCGAGCAGGUGAGUAAUCGAAAGGGAUCGUCCUCAUCUAUUCCAAAGUUCCACAAAAAGCAGAAUUCUAUACCCGGGGCAAAAGUGAACGAUCUGAGCGAGCGUGUUGCAGGUGCCUCAUCUCAAAAGCGGCCGCUGGUGACAGAGCAGGGAAACGUUUAUGACCAUCAACAGCAGCGUCUGCAGGAAGGCUCUUCUUGGGGUCAAAGUGAUCGAAAGAACGAGAAAUCUCCCAACUCAUCAAUGUUUAUUGAAGAAUCUACCAAGAUAGAAGGCAACAAUAACGUAGAUGAACAUAUGCGAGAGUUGGAGGGUAUGUUGGACUCCCAUAUUACUGGAGCCCAUGACGACUCGUUUGAUUUCAACGACCAAGUUGAUUUGAAUGAUGAACCUGUCAGAGAAUUCCAAUCGGGCAGUAAAAUUCCUCCUGCAGAAAAUGCGGACACUACCUUGGAAGAAGAUACCCAUAGCCUUUUGGAGGAGUCAUUUGAACCAGGUUUGAAUAUCUCUAAAAAGACUCCAACUCCAACUCCGACACCCGAGCCAUCAGCUGAUAGUUACUUGCCUGAAUUUGAAAAAGAUGCAGAGGCAGAAGAAUUGUUGAAGGAGUUGAACUGGAGCUCGAAGAUGGACGCUGAUACGCUUGUGAAAAGUUUAACUAAAGAGCUAAACAAGACUAAGCAAGAAACAGUUAAGAAAUUAGUUGAUAUUGAUUUAUCCAACUCUUCUGCAAACGAUAUAGGUGUUGCCUCGAGUGAAGUCGAACAUAUGCUUCAAAUUUUCCAAAAGAUGGACAUUAAUUUCAAAAUGUUGAAUGCAGAUGUGAGUGUUAUUGAUAAGGACUCAAAGGGGUUACAGUUGAAGUUUGUCAAUAAAAAGUUACUAUACGAUGACUUGAAUGGAAUUUUGUCAAAGGUAUCUGUCAGUGCUGAUGACUUGCAUGCAAUUGGUGAAUUCAAAAGUUUUGAAACUUUCAGCAAGAUUGGUAUUUUGGAGUCAAAAUUGUUGAACUUGUACAAUGGUUUGAUAACUAUUAGAUCGGAUUCGUCCCAUGCGAAUGAUGGCCAAGACUUGAGUUCAUUGAAAGCAUUACAACAAUACAGGAGUAAAUACGAGAGUGUCAGCUCUAGAUUUGUGAGACAUUUCUUUGAAUUCAUGAAGAGGAAAAUUGAUGGCAUUGGCAAAGAAAUGAUUGGAGGUAUUGAGAAUAUUGGUCCAAACACUAUAUCUUCAAGUUUGUCUCAACUUCUCGUUUAUAGCGGGAUUACCUAUUACGUGAAGGAGAUUGGUACGGAGUAUUUCAACGAGAUUAAUAAGCUUUUCAACCAAACAUUUUCAAGAAUUUUGGAGAAGAUGUUGAGUGCCAAGUCGAAAAAGUUGAAAGCUGCUCAAAAAGUGCUGCAUUCGAGCUCUGAGCCUUCUUAUAGUGAGGUACCACCCAUUCUGUCGACAAGCCGAAGACUGACAAGACGAUCAUUAUCUCCUUCCCUCGAUGAUGACUUUGAUAAUGAUGAAUAUGAAGAUGACGACGAUGAUUUUGCUCCGUUAAGAAAAGGAAGAUCUCUGAGGUUCUCAAGAAAGGGUGGUAGGUUCAACAAUGGGGUUAAUAACCGCGAGCUCGAUGCUGAAAAGCGGGAACAAUUGGAGUCAAUAAAGAGACACAUUAUUGGUAAGGGAUCAGCAAGUGGAGAAUUGGAGGAUUCCAAGUCAGUUAUUGGCUUACUUGAAGAAUCAAAAGUCAUUGUUAUGAUUUUCCAAUUUUUCAUUGUUUUGUUUUUUCACUAUGAUGCAAAUACUCUCGAAUUUUCCGAGUUUUUACAAGCCAGCCCAUUUGCUACUAGAGAAGAAUUUGCUGAUCCUGCUUAUUUUGCAAACCUUGACUUUACCGACAACAGAAACAAUUAUUCUGUUUCUAAUGAUGUGAUUAAGAACCUUGAUGAAGUCUUAGGUCGGUUUAUCACCAGUUUUGUUAAAAAUGUCAAUCCUAUUGAUAUCAACAUUCCCGUUAUUUUGCUACAUAUCGAAGACGUGCUGAAAUCGAUUCAAGAAUCUGUAAUUAAUCAAGACUUUUUGAUUUAUAAUUUCCUUCAAUUGGUCAGCGACAAGUAUCAGAAUCAAUGGCGCAAGUUUGUUGAAGCACAACUUGAAUCAAUUAACAAUUCAACCAUUGUUCCUAAUAGCGGUAUACUUUCAUCCGUGAAGCAAGUUAACUAUAUUCUUUUAAUCACGGAGACAUCAAUUGGUGGUCGUGACAUCAAAGGAACCAAGGUUCGAAACAUGAUUGAUAAGGCAUAUAUACAAUUGACAGAUGCAUUGAUUAGUUUGUUUUCAAGACAAGAUCCAUUGGUGAAUAGUGGUGGCUUUGAUGAUAAAGAAAGAGAAUAUAAGAAUGUGGCCAUUUUGGAAAAUGUGUUUUACAUUUUACAACAGCUUAAUGAUAUUAGUGCAGGCAAUAGUUCUACCAAGAAAUUGCUGGAAAAAUUGACUCAAAACUUUAAGCAAAUUGAAGAUGCUUAUUUUGCAAAACAAGUGCAUAAAUCUAUUGGAAAGUUGGUUGAUUUUAUUGAAGAUUGUGAGAAAUCUGCCACUAUUUCCUCUUCUCAUCAGCUGACACUGGGAUCACAUUCCAUUAAACAGCAACAUCAUCAUCACCAGCAAAAGAAACUCGCCAAGUCCCUUUUGACCCAGUUCAGUGAAGACGACAUCAAGUAUAAGGUGGAAUUGAUUCACGAGUCAUUUGAAAAGCAGUUUCGUAAAGCUUAUGAUCAAUCAACUGGCGGUGGCCGCAGUGGCAAUGACAAUUUGUUCACACGUGAUUUGAUUGAUAAAUUAUGGAGUGAUUUAGAAACGUUGUUUAUCGAUUACUUUACGAGAUUAGGAAAGAUUUUACGUCAACAGUUUGAUAGGGAAUUGGAUUACCAUGUUGGAAGACAGGAUAUACAUCACAUAUUUAAGUCAAUUAGAAGCUAA